AUGUCACCACCAGCUCCGGAUGCCGUGGACGUCGUCCUGCCGGGCCAGGAGCUGCUCCAGAGCUCCCGGGAGAGCGCCAGAGACCCCCCGGAGCCGGGGCUCAGCCGUUACCACGUGGCGCUGCAGAGGAUGGCAGGGGACAUGCUGUCCCUGCGCCGCCGCGUCGCCAGCCUGGAGGCCGAGAACAGACACCUGCGGCACAGCCUGGCGCGGCUCCGGGAGCCGGUGGAGCUCCGCCACAGCCAGCCGGACAAACUGAGCCGGGAGGAGCUGCUGGAGCGACUCGGCACGCUGGGGCGCGAGCUGGCGGUGGGUGCUGCGGAGAUGCGGGGGCUGCGGGACCGAGUCCAGCGGCUGCAGAACGAGCUGAUCCGGAAAAACGACCGCGAGAAGGAGCUGGUGCUGCUCCAGCGGUGGCACCGCCAGCAGCAGGCGACACUGAGGAGGUGCCAGGACAGGGUGGCCAAGGCCAGGACGCUGGAGCAGGCGCUGCGGCAGCAGGAGAAGGUGAUCGAGGCCAUGGAGCGGCUGCUGCGGGAGAAGCCGGGCAGGAGCACGAAGACACCCGCGGGUGACAGCCUCGGCGGGGACGCGCUGGCGCUGCUGCCCGAGAACCGGCGGCUGCGAGGGGAGCUGGCCAGAGCCCCCCGGGCCCCGGCGCUUCCGGGGGGCCUGGGGGGCUCGGAGAAGCUGCGGCUGCUGGCCCGGCUGGAGGAGGCGCAAGCCCGCGGGCGAGUGUUGGAGAGGCAGCUGGAGAAGGCGGCCAGGAGAUGGGGCCGGGAGAACCAGGAGCUGGGGACGCGUUUGCUGGAGCGGGAGCACGGCCUCCCCCCGGCCCGGACGCUGCCGGCCGUUCCCGUGCCCCCCCGGAGGAGACCCCAGACCCUGCCCCCCCUGCCCUGA